GUUUUAAAAGGUGGCAGGGGAUCGAUCGUGAAACAGGGGAUUCUCGUUCAUGGUCAGAACGGUAGUAGUUGCUGUCCUCAGAUCGUAGAGGAUUAGAGGGUUUCGCCUCCUUCAGUAUCUAUUGAGGCGCCUGUGCUCAUCGACUUUGAACGACUAGUACAAGCUUUCUAAAUACUGGACUCUCUAGCUAUGGAGGCGACGACGAAUCUGGCCACUGGAGCCAUCUGCGUCCAGAAUUCCAGCGCUCCUGAAGCCAUGAGGCUAUCUACCAUAGCCUUCUCGGCUCUAGUCCUGUACCAUGGAAUCAGCAGGUCUCGAAGGUAGAGAUAUAGUUGCAAUCUGUCAAUUACCUCAUCCUUCCGCUGCUCGCGGUUGUCAUAGUCGGAGAUGGUGGCCAGGUCGGCCAUUUUGACAAAAACAUUGAUGCUUUUGACACUGAGCCUCCUUGGCCAGCCGAUGACUUAUCCUUUACUCGAGAAGAAUGAAUCUCUUCAUCAAGUACUGCUGUACUUUUUUGAGGUCGAAAAGAACAUUGAACUUUGGUCAUGGUCAGCCACAGGGUUGACAAAUGAGCCCAGUACAUGGAUGUACGGCUCAUCGAGCUCAGCUUCGGAUGGUUGAUAAUUCGAGCGGACUCUGAACAUACUCGUUCAAAAAAAAACUCCACGAUCGGAACUGGAAUCAUCGUGCUCGCUCCUCUGAAUCUCUGCACCCUGCAUCUGAAGAAAACCCCAGCCCUUAAGGCCGUCCUUAAGGACUACCUUGAGGACGAACACCGAGCCGCACUUUCCAUAAGGCGAGAUUGCACGAGGAGGUCAGUCGCACUUCCGUCACGGUGCAUGGAGACAGACCAAGGAGCUUGUAACGGGCUGUGGAUUGGGCCCGAGUCACAGUCACAGACCGAAACAUGGUCACCACGACAAAGUAAGAAAAUGCAACGAGCGGUCGGUCGGCAGGUAGCUUCCAGUUACCUUGAGGACUACAAAAAUCGGCAUCUGAUCAGGCAGGGUCUUUGGAGCCAGAGCUGCCACAGGCGGUUAAGCCCGCCCCGAAGAAUGAGCACCGGAGUAAUUGCUGGCGCCCGUGCACAGAAACUGUUGAAAAUUUGACGGUCUUUACAAACCGAUCUCCUGUACACAAAUCCUCGGGGAUGCCAAGCAGGUCUUUUUGCACGGGUUCUCAAAUUUGAACUGGUGAGCGGAUCGACUGGAUGCCACUGUGGAGACACAAGUUUGAUGAAA